AUGUACGGAUAUGAAGGUGGAGAAGUAGAUCAAGGAGCAUACAGCGGGGGGAACCAGAAAGUUAACGACAUGCGUUAUGAACAGGCGCACGGUAACCAAGGUGGACAAUUCGAUAAAGGCAAAAACGAAGGUCAGAUGAACAUGAUGAAAGGUCAUAAGAAAGGGCACAAAAUCAAGGGAUUCAAGAACUCUCAUCAAAAACAAGAAACCGGAAAAACUGAAGAGUUCUACGACGAAGACCACGACGAAGGUGGCAACUAUAUCUUCAACGGACAGUCUGGAAGUUUCGGUGAAAACGCUGGAUCCUCGUACAAAGGGGGCCAACAAGACGGCAAAUUCAAUACCGCCGAAGCCAAAAAGGAAGGGCACUUCGUCAACGAACUCCUUGCUGACAAAGCUAACGCAAAUCAGGGCCGUUAUGGAGAAGCUAAGUAUGGGGGAAAUGGGGCAACUUAUGGAAUCAACAAUGGAGGCGGCGUUAACAGCAUGGCGGGACAUCAUCAUUCCAGCAAGUUCUUCAAACAUCAUCCCUUCUAUCAUCACUAUUACUGA